AUGCGCUUCUCUAUCUUAGCUCCCGCCAUCGCCGUUUUGGGGCAGGAAGUUCAGCCCUUGGACACCUGGACGCUCUACAAUAGCACUAUUGUAUGCGACCUGAAGAGUUGCCAAUAUAGCUUCUUCAUGCACAAGCACAGAUCGGGAGAGACGGUUCAGUGUUACCUCAACAUGAUAGGGACUCCUAGCCCGAGCACCCUCUUCGUCGACCAGAUCUGUCAGUCAGAUCCUCUUCACACCCUUACUCUGAGUUGGGCACCCGACCGCUCAGUGAUACUGUGCAUCGCAGACAUCAACGAACGUGCGAACGCAUUCUAUGGGCUCGAGAGGUGGGAAGUUGCCGAUAAUAGGAUCAUCCCGAAUAAGACGGAAUUCGCAUGGCGGGCUGGCGAAGUUCCGCUUCCAAGCACCACCUUCACACGCCCAGUCCCAACAUCGCAGGAGUAAUAGUUCAUAGGCCCCUCGGAAUCAAUCCCAGCAUGCUCCGUUACAAUCAUAUCAACUACCUACAACGGCCAGUCCGUUUCUACAAAUCAAAUUGAUACUUUGCUUGGAAGGCGCUCGGUCGGAACAGUUAAAGCGUUUUGUAUUUG